AUGGCAUCCAAACGCCGCAAGACGGGAAUUACAGGCUCUGAACAAACACUGGAAUCCGUCUACAACAAGAUAAUAGGUAAAAAUAGACUGCUUUCGGAGGAAGCUAACCAGUGGCAAGACUUGGUUGUCCGUGUCAAGCCAAAUCUAGCACACCUCGGAAAACAGGGCUCUGAAGACACCGUACGAGAACUAAAAACCCUCGCGAGGCUCGCAGAAACGUUUACCAAACUUCGCCCCGCAUCAAUGGAUGAGGAAGCGGCGCGUUUUACGGAACGACUGGACUUUGAAGGUUUGCAGACUAUCCGAAAGUAUAUUCCUGCGGCCUUCAUUUCGUGUUUGACAGGCGUGAUGAUCUGGAACGCGGUCACGUACAUGCGCAUCGGCGACACGACGAGUUCGGAAGCAUUUGCCGCUGCUCGAUACGCUGGAUACCGUCUUAUUGAAGCUGGGCUCGAUUCGAAUCCUUCAGAGCAAGCACUCAUUACUAUUCUCGAGCUUUCUAGCAAGGUUGGAGCUGCAUUCGCAUCGGCAGACACGACGGACAUGGCGGACGAAGUGUUGACAGUGGCAGCAUCGUAUGAACAUACACUCAAUACCCGCCCUCAAAGUAACGACUCAACCCUCAAACAGAACAAGGCUCGGGCUCUCGUUACAUACUAUGGUAGUAGAAUGGAGGCGGUGCGUCCACGAAAGAUCGCACUUCACCGCUACCUUGAGAUACUUGAUCCUCGAGAUGUCGAAGUAGUUGUCAACCAGGUCAUAACCAUUGGACGGUCCAUUGCCAAGGAUCCAGAUGCGAACAGCCCAUCAGAGUCCGAGGCCGAGCGUGCAGACAAGGCGGUCGGUUGGAUACAGCGAGCCUUUGCCAUCCUCGACAAGAGACACUUGGAUCUGGCAACGUUCUCUCAGUUACGAAAACUCGUCUUGAGAAGCCUUUCUCGAGCCUACUAUUUGGCGUCUUCUAUCAAGCCUGACUACCUGGAGCGAGCACAUACUACCCUCCAGGAGCUCUUUCAAGUUCUCGAGCAAUCCAAAGAAAAGACGGUAGAUGAGUAUCAACAGCUCAGAAGGAUGAAACUCGCACUUUCAAGGAAGCGGAAGACGUCCGUCCAAGAGCUAGAAGCGAUUCUCUUCCCGCUGAUAGACGAUAUGGUUCUAUCUGAAGAAUCUUUACAAGAGCAACAUUCUCCUAGAGCUCCGGCGGAUCUCCAAGGCUCAUGUCUUGAUCGACUUCUGAGAAAGGCUCUUUCCAACAGAGAAGCACAUGACCUGGUCGACAAGCUAUUGAUUUCUUUAAUCAUGCACGUCAAAACCGCCUCCGAUCAUGAAGCCUCGGUUGCCAUUGUACGGGACUCGUUGGAUGUUAUUGCCGAGACCCAGGACUACCAGCUGGAAAAGAUCCCGGCUACUGCGACGCUGACGCUUCUGUGGCAAUAUGGGGAUCAGUGCUAUAAUGCAAAGAAGUGGAGCGACGCAGUUGAUUGGUUUCUCUUGGGCACGCAUGAUGCGUUCGUCAGUGUGAUGGAGAUGGCUGGUUCGAAAUGUUUGCGAAAGGCUGCACUUUGUCGGAUACAGGAUGGCCACUACGCACGAGCUUCUGAACAUAUUGAGCGAUGUUCGAGUAAGGAGGCGACGACUAGCUAUCUCGCGUUUCUUGUGGCCGCGCACCAAGCAAUACAUGCACUCGGCACCAUGAUCAACGCUACGGACUUUGACCGCAAGAUGCUCAUGUUGGCGAUGAAUCUAGCACGGCAACUAGAGAACCAGUCAUUACUUCACGCCAUCUUGGAACGGCUACUCGAAACGCUCAGGAGGGAUGGAGACGUAGACGAAGCGGUUCAGCGGUUCACUUUGAUCCGAUGCUUAGUGCGACUGACCCUGAGCUUGAUGGAGCAUCCUGGUGCAGAGACUAAGCAACUAUUACCCAUUCUUCGGCGACAUUUUGAGACGGGUCUCACAGUCUUGAGGGAAACCGCAAAUUCGGAGAACAAGAUUGUUGUCAACAAAGACGUGUCGUGGCUUUGGCGCACGGCUUACAACUGCGCGGUAAAGGGGCUUGGAACCUGGGCUGAUGCCGACGUAACGAAUAUGUUCGUUCUCGCCAGACGUUACAUGGAUGCAAGCUGUAGCAUGGCCCUUCUCGAGCCUGAGGCAGAUAUCCAGGGGCACCGAAUCUUGGCACAAUUUGCUGCAGUCAGUGGACAACUGUUUUCUGCGCGUGCAGAGGAGCGCCCCGAGCAAAAAGAUAUUUCCAUGCGCCUCUUGGUGCAGGAAAUCGACAAUCUACAAGCCCUAAUUGAAGACCAACUUCGAGGGGAGCCAGAAGAGUCGACUAAUCGGUCACGAUCCCAGACCAUCUUUCACCUAUCAUUGGUGUAUCAAGCCGAGAUAUUCGCCGAACUGAAAGAAUGGGAAGCCAUCUCUACGAGGCUAAAGACUUCUGGUCAAAAACUUGUCGUUCCUAUUACAACUUAUGAAGCCAUUGCGGAUAUACUGUGGUCGGACAAGAGCUGUCCGGUUGUGGUUUUAUACGAUUGCCUCGAGUCGAUUGUCAAGAUGACCACCACGCAAGGCCAAAUUUCCAUCAAGAAGUUUUCGCGAUGGAUGAGGGCUAUAUGCACAAUCUUGCUCUCCAAAGGAAGAGUGCAAGAUCGAUCAAAGGCACUCUCUUAUGUACAGCAAGCAAUUGUGAUCCUCAAGGAGUAUGGAACCGGCGAUGAACCGACUUCAGAGAUGUGCUAUCCAGAAGAUGAACGUAGCUGGCUACUGAGUACCGCAUUCAAUACCGGCAUUGAAUGCAUGAGAUCUCUUCAAGUCCGAGAAGCGCAGGAAUGGCUCGAGGCGGCAACGCAAUUGUGUGACUAUGUGCGUGGUAGUCCUCGUGAAAAGGUCGAAGCGACGUAUCGACAGUUUCUCGCUCAGUAUGGUCAUUAG